AGAGCUAUUGAUAGGGAAACAAAAAAAUGCCAGAACUACUUUAGACGUAGGCUCUCUAAUUAGUCUAAACGUAUCAACUUUCUAAAUCUUUAAUCUGUGGUAAAAUAUACCUAUCUAAGUAUAUGUAAUGUUUUUAAAAGGCUGCUUUACAUUUCUAUAUUGUUCAUGAUUUUUAAGCGCUUAUCUCAACUUUAUAAUUUAAAUUAUCAGUUUAUAAAAAAAUAUCUUGAAUUGUGUUAACGCAAAUAUAUGUUGCCGUUUGAUUAUUUGACGUCUAAAAUAUUAAUUCAAUGUUUUGCAUGAAAACUAUAUAUUCUAGGAAACGGGCUUUAAUCGCUUAAAUGUACAAUGGAUUUUAAUUCAACUAAUCUAGCCGCACAGCUUCACAAAUUAUGUUCGAGUUUAUCAUCUAAUCCAGAUGGCGCGUAUGAAUUGGCCGUCUCAUACUUAUCUUCUACUGCUGAAAAGAGUAGAACUUUGCAAGAUGAAAGAUUGCUUUGCCAGAAAAUUUUGUCACGACUCAGUCAUUCAACUAGAGAUGUGGAGAAGUUCAAUGAAUGCUAUGGAAAACUAAAGAAUUCCUUUAUAUUGAAGCAGCGAGUGUCAGUAUUGUCGCUACUCUUAGCACUUUCGGAGACUGCACCUCAGACUGAAUCAACUCACCUGCUCUUUCCGAUACCGCAACUCGCAACUGCUAAAUCAACCAUUGGUUUAUCUGGUGGUCCAGCCAGUUCCAGCAAAAGCACAAUAGGCUCAGUGAGUUGGGGCAGCAAUUUACAUAAACAGCAAGCUUCCAAUCAAAGUCUUCAAUCCAAUAAUAGCAACAUGCCUAUUGCCUUGCAGCCAACUGAACUUUCAAAUGAGCGCGCAUGCGUCAGAGAUGCAGUACUAGCGGCGACUGGUGUAAAAGCGAAGGGUGCGGGAGGAGGGCCGCGACCCCAACAAAUUUUGUAUUCGCGCAUAGCACACCUUGGUUUUCUGCAUGAUCGAUUGAAGGAAUUUAUCGAUCCUGCAUCAGGAUUAAUGCCUCAAGGUUUAAUGGGAGAAGGAUUAGUGGCUUCAAUAAGAGAGGAACUCACAGAAUAUUAUAGGAGCGUUGCUCUUCUCCAGUCUCAGGCCUGCGAGGGUGACGGUGGCGGUGGCACCCUGCGGCGAGUCUGUGUGUGGGCUCAAGAACCACUACAUCGACUCACAUGGCUUGCUAAUAUAGCUCAUACAGCCCAUCAUAAGAAAGGCGGCGAGCUAGCGUCGUGCGUGCACCGGUUCGUACGGCACGGUGACGAGCGCGUGUCCGCCUUGGCGCGGCGGCUGCUCACCGCGCUCACGUACCCGCUGCUGCUCAUGCUUACGCGCUGGCUGCUGCACGGAGAAAUCGAUGACCCAUUCAAUGAGUUUUUCAUUGAAAGCAGGAGUGGCGUACCGAUAGAUAGAAUGUGGCACGAUAAAUAUCGUGUAAGAGAAUGGAUGGUACCGUCGUUCAUGUCGCGCGAGCAGGCGGCCCAGAUUCUAGCGACGGGAAAGAGUGUUGUGUUCAUGCGUGAGGCGUGCGCCGACGAGCCCGGCCCUAGCGACCACGCACAUCACCUGGAGGCACUUCUCAAAUCUCACACUGGCGAGCGAUGCGAGUCGCGCGGGUGCGCGUGGUGGGAGGCGGCGGGGCUGAGCGCGGGCGUGGCGGGCGCGCACGGCGCGGCGGCGCAGCGGCUGGUGGCGGCGCUCACCACGCACCACCACCUGCUCGACCACCUCGCCGCGCACCGCCGCUACCUGCUGCUCGCGCAGGGCGACUUCGUGCAUCACCUCAUGACCUUGCUGCAGGAUGAAUUGAACAAACCGGCCACAUCUCUGUACGUGCACAACCUUACGUGCACACUGGAAGCAGCGGUGCGAGCGACCAACGCGCAGUUCGAGCCGCCGCACGUCCUGGCACGCUUGCACGUUAACUUAUAUCCAAACUGUGAUGGGCGCGACGACUGCGGCUGGGACGUGUUCGCGUUACAGUACCGCGUGGACGGCCCGCUGGGCACACUGUUCCCGGCGACGUGCGCCGCGCGGUACCGCGCGCUCUUCACGCAGCUGUGGCGGGUCAAGCGCAUCGAGUACAGCCUGCACGACGCCUGGCGCGAGCACACCAUAUUGCAAAAGCGGCUCAAGUUUAUGCCAGAAGUAUGGGGCCUCAUGCGACGCGUGUCGUGCUUGCGUGCGGAGGCGCUGCGCCUGUGCGGCGCCAUGCAGGAGGCGAGCUGCGUGGGCGCGGAGCCCGCAUGGGCCGAGCUGCUGGCCGCCGCGGCCGCGCGCCGCGACCUCGACACGCUGCUGCGCCUGCACCACAACGCACUCGAGCGCCACUCCAUACACGCCAUGAUACACCACACCACGCAGGAGCUACAAUCAUAUUUAGGCAAUGUGUUGAAUGAAACACUUGCACUACGUAGUUUCGAAGCGACGUUGCACACUGGUAUCAUCGCGGAACUCGAACGUCGGGAAGGCAUUGAACAGAUGAAAGCAGAACGUGUAGCAAGAGGUGAAUAUGCCUUUACUGCAGCAGACGAGGUUCAAGAUAAAGAAAAACGGAAAAUCUUUCAUCAAUUCUUAGCCAGUAGGAAAGCCGAUUUAAAUGUUUGGGCUCGCACAUAUAGGGGUCACGUGACAACAUUAAUACUGAAGCUCGCGCUACACACUGAAGUGUCACUCCAAACUCUUGCUUUCCGACUGGACUACAGUGAUUUCUAUAAACGCGGUGAUGCCAAGCUACAUGAACCGCUCACCUACCAACAUAAGCGACUUAGUGAGAUCGGACUUAAUUUAGCAAAGAAUAAAUUGGUCGAUCGUUCGAGAAAGAAGUGACAACGUUGGUGUACGGUACCAGUCAACACAAUCGACUGCGCGCCGUGCUUGGGCUUCGUCUGCAUAUGCGCCACAUAACUUCUACAAAAUUGUAUUUAACUUCACCGAUUUAUAAAGAUGUACAUCUUUAUACCACACAUAUAUACAUUUUAAUGUUUUUAAGCUACCAUAACUAAGUAUCAUAUAGAUUUAUAAGUUGUAGUAACACAUUAAAUAAUAACUGCUCUCUAUAGUGCCAUGGAAUAUGUCGAACAACUUCCUAAUGUUGAUAAAUAAAAUGUAUUUUGUA